AUGGCUACACCCACCCCCACCCCAUCGGCGUACGACCCGUUUAGCGACCCAAUCUUCAGCGAUAUCCUCAAUGACCCACUUUAUUCCUCACUCCUUGGUGGGACAGCCUACCAGUCCAUCAUCUCCUCCGUCAUGGCCGAAUACAGCGCCAUGUUCCCCUCCCUGUAUCCCACCGCCACCGCCGUCAACACGCCCACGGACGUGACGCGUACUCCAGAUCCCGUCACAAGGACCCCGCAGACCGGGACUGCGACGGAUGCUGCACAGGGCACGACGACCGUGUACCAUUCCGCGACAUCGGCAGCGAAAUCAGGCGUGCCGCUCGGCGCGAUCAUCGGCGCGGUAGUGGGAGGGGUGGUUACGCUCGUCAUCAUAGGCGCGUUGAUCUUGUGCUGUCGCCGGCGACGCAAGGAAAUGACGGAACGUGACUUUUUCAUCGACGACGACCAUCAGCCCAUACACCAGGUCGAGCCGUACGCGCCCAUAACCCAUCCUCCCGCACACCCCCCUCAACCGUAUAUCAACGACGCCAAGGCAAUGAUCUUGUCGAGCGGAUAUCCGACCUCUUCCUCACCCUCAGGCUUCCCAUCAACGUCCUCGACAUCCCACCCGCCCUCGACAUCCUACUCGUCCUCGCCGUACGUACCGCGUUCGCACACGAGCAACCCCUUCUCCGAGCCCUCCACUGCGGCAUUCGAACUUGGUAGCCAAAGUAAGAUGUCGCUCAACCCCGUGCCGAUGGUCCCGCCAGUGGUCGAGCACGCCCUCGAUGGCGGCGCCCUGCCACCACCCCCACCGGCUAAGGAGAUCCUUCCGCCAAUGUACGAUCCCAGCUGGUCUGGACCGGGCAGCCAGUGA